CGCGAGCUCUUCCUCCUCCUUCCCCGGAAUCGCUAAUUGUUAUCAGCGUCACUAGGAGAACAGUCGAAUCCAAUUCCGGUACCACGAUCGAGCUAAUAGGCACUCGCCAAGCCGUCAGGCUACUACGACGUCUGGUAGGCGUGAGUGAUUGGUCCUUCCGCACGGAUUUACCGAAACACCCCCAAAACGGCAACCCCUCGUCGUCGUGGUGCUGCCGGGGCCCCGCCGUUAGCCGCGAGAGAUCGCGAGAAGGGAGCUUGGGGAGAUCGGCGGGAGAAUCGGCCUGCUCGUACACGACCGGCACCGAUCCCUGGUACGCCGCUUGCUGGCGGCCCAGUGAGAUGGAGGAGAAGUCCUCUGCCCGAUUUUCCGAGUAUCUGUUCGCCAAGAUGGGCGGACAGGACGUCUCGGCCUCUCAGGGUCCCCGUAAGGUGACCGCCGACACCAGAAAGUGGAUGCGAGAGAAUCUGCUGCUCAUGGUCACUCUCUCCGGCGUGCUCUUCGGCGUAAUACUCGGAUUCGGCUUGCGACCUCUGGACCUUGGGGACGAUGCAGUGAUGCUCAUCAGUUAUCCAGGAGAGCUCUUCAUGAGAUUAUUGAAGCUAAUGAUCCUACCUUUGGUAAUCGCCAGCCUUAUAUCAGGUUCGGCCAGUUUGAACGCCAGAAUGAACGGAAUGAUCGCCGUUCGUACUCUAGUAUACUUCAUAGUGACGUCCUUGCUCAAUGCAAUCCUUGGUGUGGCCCUAGUCCUGGUUAUUCAUCCCGGUAAUCCUGGCAUUAGAGAAUCGAUCACCCCCUCGCAUCACGCGAGAGCCGUUAACAUACUGGACAGCUUGCUCGAUCUGGGAAGGAACAUGUUCCCAGAUAAUCUGUUUCAAGCAGCUUUCCAGCAGGCGCACACGGUGUACGUUCCGAAGAAGCAACCAUUCCAGAAUGUCACUGAUCAGGUAGCAACGGAAGUUCUGGAAGGCGAGGAACUAAUGCGAGUGGUACAGUACAGAAGCGGCACGAAUACUUUGGGGAUAGUCUUUUUCUGCCUAGUCUUCGGCACGUUCUUAGGAACUCUCGGUGAAAAAGGUCAGGUCGUCAUAGACUUCUUCAAGGCUGUAUUCGAAGUCAUCAUGCGAAUGGUCUCAACUGUUAUGUGGAUGACACCAGUCGGCAUCACUUCCGUAAUAGCAGGCAAAAUACUUGGCGUGGACGACUUGGUACUGGUGAUGUCGCAGCUGGGGUGGUUCAUCGUCACGAUCGCGAUUGGUGUCUUUCUCUAUCAGCUGGUGAUCAUGCAACUGAUAUAUUUGGCCUUCGUUAGAAAGAACCCCUUUAAAUUCUACGCCGGCCUGGCCCAGGGCACCCUCACCGCCUUCGCCAUGGCAUCAACGGCUGCCGCGCUCCCCGUGACUUUUCGUCUGAUGACCGAGAAGCUCAGAGUCGACCCUAGAGUCACCAGAUUCGUCCUGCCGAUCGGCUGCAAUAUUAACAUGGAUGGUACCGCGCUCUUCGUCGCAGUGGCCAGCAUAUUCAUCGCGCAGAUGAACGGUAUCUUUCUGGGAUUCGGCGAGAUUAUUACCGUUAUUCUGACAUCCACUGCUGCCUCUGUGUCGUCGGCCUCGGUACCAAGCGCUGCGCUCGUCCUAUUAUUGGUCGUUUUAAGCGCCAUCGAUGCUCCUGUUAACGAUGUCUCCCUCUUAUUCGCGAUCGACUGGUUCGUAGAUCGAAUCAGGACCACCAACAAUAUGUUGGGAGACUGCUACGCUGCUGCAGUAGUUGAACAGCUCUCGAAGAAGGAACUGAUGGCGCUAGACGCAGCAGCCUAUCAAUCGGAGACCGUGCUGCCAACUGCUAUUGCCAACGGAUGUGUUUCCGCCAACAGGGUACCUGAUCCUGAUACCGUGGUUGUCGAGAUGCAAGACGACGCGCGGAUAACGGGGAUCGCCAAGUAAACACGCUUGUUGCUUAGGAAUUUUGCACAUGUCGAGAAGUGUGACGGAGGAGACCGUCUGACUAGUGGUGAGCCUCGCAGAUUAGCUUAGCACCGUAGGAACCUAUCAACGAGUAGAUUGACCCUACGACCCGUUUGAACGGACGACAGCUUGUAUGAAGAUAAAAAAAGGAUACGUCAGUUGCGCCAAAGGCGUGUUUAGUUCCUGUGUUCCUCCUUGUUCUGAUCAUUUUCGAAGCUUCGCGAAGAUCUUCCGCGGGAAGUUCCACAGCGGCGGGCCGAGAACUCCCGCAGAAAAAACAGUCGCCAAAUGCAACGCAAGAGAAGAUUCAGAGUCAAUAACAAUGGAGAACGUGCUAUUUGUGAUGCAGGUACAGCAAUAAGAAUCGAUAUACGUACUUCGGAGCUUCGAUCGAGACUUCCAAAGACUCGAGGAAAGCGUGUCUUGUUAAUCGCUACCAGUAAUAACUACGCUCGACGUUGUACAAGCAGAGAAUCGGGAUGCGAACCCAACCACCGCCGUUACUGAAUCAGAAAGAAGUUGAUCCGAUUGAACUGACUGAACAAUAUACGCAUUCGAAUGAACAAUAAACGAUCGCAUAAAGAAGACUUUAACAAUUAGCGGAUUUCGAAUAUCACCGAUUCGAACGCACUCGCGUAGAAAUAGUGACAAUUUCUACGGUCAUCGUGUAAAAACAACGUCGAAUGUGGUGCCUUAUUUCGGUGCGCCAAGCAGACGGGCGCGAUGAAAGUAAAGACUUUUUGAGUUCCGUUUCGAGUGUAUCCUCGCGCGCGGGGAUAGUGUGUUAGUGUAUUAGGCGGUGAUUCCAAUUCUCGACGCUUUUUCGAUGUCUUUAGAGUGGUCCAGCCCCGCACGCGAAGAUUUAUGCGUAUCUUCAGCGACGCGACGAAUGCAACUUUCUAUUGGUGACCUUUUUGUGACGGUUGAAAGGAGGGAGCUCGUUGUGAUAACUGUUAGAUAGCCGUAAUGCAUAUCUACGUAUCUAGGAUACAAUAUAAUAGGAUGAUAAUGCAGCUUAGAUUACAUUCUGAAGACCACACUAUACUACGUGUCGCGCAUCUGUCACGUCACUGAUCGCAAUUGAACUUGAGAGAAAAAAAUUCAACACAUUUAACGACAAGAACAUGCGCAUUUAGCGGGCACCGACGUCGAUCCCACGCGAAGAAUGUGGCGAACGAGAUCUACGAUCGAGCAUGAAAGAGACUUUAAGUAACUUCUAAAAGUUCAUAUCGAACAUGAUGAAUCGGACCAUUAAGAAAAAUUAAUGCAUGAAGAAUUUGUACGCGUGACGCUUUUAAAAGACACGAGUAUUUCCGCGAAAGAAUGCUCGUCAAGAUGAUAGUCCAAGACCCUAGGCGUACGUUCUGUUAAAAUUAAAGAUUUCAACAGAUUAUAUUUUAUAUGACACUCGACUGACGAACUUUUCUAAAAGAAAUUCUUCUUUGAUGCGGGAACAAUGUUCGGAAUUUUCGACGACUUAUCGUUUCCGUUAAAUACGAUUACAGACGUCGAAGAUCCUAUUGUGUAUCUCGUUGCGCUCUUCUUCGAUAUUAGUGCUCUCUGCCGUAUAAUAAUAUACCUUCCAGCAUAAUGUUGUCCACACCCAGUAGCUUAGAAUAAACAAAAUCUGUGUUUCGAUUGUACUACUAUACAAACGGCGAUGAGAACGAGAAAUUAAAUAGCGCAGCUCUACGUCGAGUGGCAACAAGACUGGAUACAUCAUAUAAUAUUGUUUCGUUAGAUGUAACAUAAUAUGGGUAAACGAUUCCUAUAAACGGUUUCGCUGAUUCUAGGCACUAGGUAGGUAGGUCGAUACGUGUUUCAUCGUAGAGACUGUUUAAAUGUACAAACUGCUCGAUUAUACACGUAGCAUUAUUAGCGGUUUUGAUAAUUAACGUUCGUCCAUCCAUAUAAAUUGCAAUGGAUUGUCCUCUAGUUAUCUUUAGUAAUUCAUAAUAACUAAUACCAUUUCAUGCGCGUUAUUCAAUGUAAAUUAAGCAUAUAUUCCAGAGAAACUUGAAGACUCAAAAUUACAAGCGCAUGAAUGGAACUUAUAUUUAUAUUGUAAACAUCAAAGUGAAUUAUUUGACAAUAGAAGCGCAUCGUAACCAAAAGUUAAAAAAAUUGAGAAAAUCUUUAGUAUAGAUAUGCUUACGUAAGAAGGAGGAGGUGGUAUUAAUUAUACAUGAGAAGUUUUCUUUUUUAAAGUUGUAAUAGCAUUAUUUUUUAAUAUUUGUUAAUCGCAUAAGUUUCCGAUUUCACCUAGAAGAUGCCAUUUUUUCGAGUGAUACAUCGGGUGUUCCUGUUACUCGGCGCGUUUUACGCUCAAACAUCGAAAAAGUGAGAUACCAUAUGUAUUAGCCAUAUGUAUUAAUGGGGGUAAAACGAGCGGAGGAAACUAGGGACAAAUUUAUCAAAAUAAUCCAAAAAAUACAUGUUAAUAUACUCGUAAGGCUCAACGUGUUGUAUAACAAAAUGCAGAUUUAUACGUGG